AUGAAGGAGCUUCUUGAUUCGGACAGGGUCAACUUCCUCGUCUGGAGGUUCGUUAUUUUCUUGCCCGCACGCUAUUAUCGAGAGACGGCUGCCAAGUUCCAAAAGGAGUGGCAGAUCCAAGCACCUCACCGGCACUUUGACUUCGCGCCCCAUGUUAAAAACUAUGCGCUAGUGUCGGUCCUGAACAAAGGUCUUGUAUACGAAUCCCUCGAGAGGCAGUUCUUUCAGUCGCAACAGGCCCCCCAUGAUGUGCCGGCAACGACCGAGGCGAUGCAGGUAGGGGUCUUUGGGCCGUUGGUUGCCCAGCCACCCCACAAGAUGGAGGAAGAGGAAGACGAGGAGGACGAAGAAGACGAGGUUGAAGGGGUUGAAGGAGUCGAAGAAAUCGACGAGGUCGACGAGGUUGAGGAGGUCGCAAAUUCACGAAAACGUCAAAUCGACAGGCAACACCAUUCGUUGCCCAAUGGAUCACCAGCAAAGCGGCAGAGACUGAGCCACGGCUGCGAAAAUGGACCCGAUUCAGCCACGACCCCCAUGGAAAUUGACCACCACCAUGCAGACCACAACAACAGCAACAACCACGCCUAUCCGUCGCCUCUCGAGGGCGAGCAAGCCGCAUCGCCCAUUCCCCGGACUGAAGGCCCGGAGCAGGGCACCCAAGUCGAGAAAGUCCACGAGCUUUCUCAAGAAACCAUUUUCCUGCGUCUGACCGCCGAUGAGGCCGCAGCAGAAACGCUACCAACCCGAACUAAUCAGAACCCUAUUGUGCUGCACUGCGAGUGGAACCCGCGAGACCCGUCCGUCUUGGCGGCUGGUGGGACUGACGCGCUAGCCCGAGUUUGGACCGUCUCACGCACAGCAACCGCUCCUGAUAACGUGCUUGAUCACGUGGACGGAGUCCACCGCCCCUACGAAGAGUUGGUGGAGGAUGACUUGCCGCGCAAUUCGACAGUGUCGGCCAUGGCCUGGAACUGGGAUGGGACUGCGCUCGCCGUGGCCACCGACCUGGGAAGCAAGUCUCGCGUCAACAUUUGGGGCCCUGACGGCACGCACAUCCAUCGCUUCGAUGGCGCCGAAUCACCCGUAAUCAAACUUCGCUGGAGUCCGAACGACGCUUUCAUCUUGGCCGUCGCGCCUGACAAUGGGGGAACGCUGGUGACGCUAUUCCCCUCCAUGAUGGCCAAUUCUAUGUCCUAUCUCCUCCGCGAUCACGACCUCCGCGAAGAACCCUUGGAUGCGACUUGGAUCAGCGAGUCCGAGUUCAUCCUAUGCGGUGGCGACCUCCUAAUCUCCCUUCGCUUCACGGAAGACGGCAUUGUCCCGAACAGGCAAUUUGAUACUCGCAAAGACGAGAAUUUCUCCCAAGUCCAAUUUGACUGGCGGUGUGGGUUGCUGGCGACUUCCAGCGACAAAGGCGCUAUCGAUCUGUGGGAUGAGUCUGGUCAGCGAAGGUCGAUCAACUCCCACAUGGGUGUGAUCAGUUCUCUGCAAUGGCAGCCGCUGCAGACAAGUCCACCAGAUGACGAGAGGUUACUGGCUUCCGGUGGAGAGGACGGUGCUAUCUUCCUCUGGAACGUGCGAAGCCCCGACAACAGACCCAAAUAUUCAAUGACGAUGGAGAACCCCGUGGUUGCUCUUGCCUUUACCCCCGACGGAGCCUUCAUCGCUGGUGCAACCUCUGACCGGAUCCUAAUUUGGAAGGUCAGCGACCACCAGAUUCCGAGGGCAAGCUGGAGCAGGGCGCCUCAUCCAGGGUGGCUGAGCCCGAAAAUCAACGGUGAUCAGGAGGAGGAAGACAACCACUGCUUAUGCUGGGAUGCGACAGGGCAGAAAUUGGCCUACGGCGCAAACAGCCGAGUAAGUACAAUUUCCAGAGCAUGA